AUGCGCGUGUGCUUCGUUCUACUAGCGGCCGCGGCCACCCUCCUCGCAAGUAACGAAGUUACCGCGGUUUCAAGUCACGCGGGUUUGUCAAAAAUGACUGCGAAGGAAGAGACCCAGACGAUCGACGCUGCAGCGAUGGCUGCCACCGGACACAGGCACUUGAGGUCUCACGAAGCUGCGGGCGAAGAGAGAGCAUCGGUGCCUGUCAACGCGAUAUCGUUCAAAGACCUUUUGAAAGUGGAAGACCUAGUCGACCCGACGAAGCUCCGGGCUGCUCUACAGAAAUCAGCGGAAGCCUCGAAGAUCCGAUUGGCUAUGUUCGACGAAAUGUUUGGCAACGCAGAUAUCAAAAGGGAGGUGUUAGCCCGCCUCAACAAGCUCGAUGACUUCAAGCCUCUCAAGUCGGCUUGGACGGUAUACAUUCUAAAAAAAGGAGUCGAAUACGAGAGACAGCAAGAAAAGGCCGUGGCUGCGGCCGCGGCUGCCAGACGCCGUGGAAACUAG